AUGACAAUGAAAUUUGAAUUUUUACCAAAUGAAAUUCUCAUUUUUUGUUUUGAAUAUUUCAAUAUAUUCGAGCUAUUUUCCUCAUUCGAUCGAUUAAAUCUACGAUUUUCCAAACUCAUUCGUCAUGUUCCAUUACAGCUCAACUUACAAAACACAUCCAAGCAACUAUUCGACCAAUUCUGCACACAUCUAUCAUCAAACCCUGAAAUUCAACAACAAAUUUAUUCAUUACAUCUUUCAAAUAGGCAUUCAUCGGGACAAAUUCAACAUUUUCUCACCUAUUUCACUCUAAAAGACUUCUCUCAUCUACAAUUCUUAAGCUUAGUCGAUGUUCAACGACGACAAAUCUCACGAAUUACAUCCAGUUUACCAUCUCUAUUAUCUUUACAGAUUCGUCAUAUAGAUAACGAUUAUGAGUUGAUGGAACAUCUUCCAAUGGAUCGACUACAACGAUUGUCAAUUCUUUCGUUACAUUCCGUUCGAAAGCGCUUGCCGGACACUUUCAAUAUUAGAAAAUUGACCAUCUUAGCUUGCUUGGUAGACGAUUUAAUCAACCAUUUAUUCGAUUAUUUUCCGCGAUUGGAAUCGUUUCAUGUUCAGUUCGUUUCACCGUAUAACUAUCCAUUGGAAAGAGAAAUUCCUGCGCAGAAAUCGCAAGGUAUUCAUCUAAAACAUUUGACUAUUGAUUUAUUCAAAUACGACUUUGAACAGUUCGAAUUAUUUGCUAAACAAAUUCCAAAUUUACGAAGUUUAUCGAUCAAAUCGAGAGGAAAUAGCAUGAUCAACGCUCGUCGAUGGGAAGAUCUAAUUCAAACAUCGUUAAAACAUUUAAAAAUCUUCAAAUUUCAAUUUACCUGCGAUCAUCACCAGAUACCUCAUCUUGAACGUUUCCAAAGCGAGUUUUGGUGGAAGGAGCAUCAAUGGCAUACGGAAUAUUCCCGAGACAAACACUUUGCACUUGUAUAUACAGUACCUUAUCCCUCAACCAUAUUGAAAUUAGAUUUACAAAGUCAGCGGUUUCCCGGAAGAAACUUUGACCAUGUUUUCGAUCGUGUUACAAACCUCACAUUAAGCCAUGAACUGAUCCACAAACGUUGUGAUUAUUAUUUUCCCACGAUUGAAACAUUAGAAGUACUUAUCGAUGGAUGGGACGUGCUUAUACCGGUGCGAAUCGAAGAUUUGAAAACUAUCAUCAAUCUAAACAGUUUAACACAUGUGAAUGUUUCGAAUUAUGAACGAAGUUCAACCUGUCAUUUGCUGUUAAGUGUAUUUCCGCACGCACCAAAUUUGAUAUGGAUUACGAUGAAUCCCGAGUAUUUCUCAUCCGUCGCGGAAAACACCAAGUUAUGUCAAUAUUUUUAUCAAAGGAUUCGAAAAGUUGAUAUGAUCAAAUAUGACCAUUCGUCAUUUGAGGACUAUGAAGACAUGGCGAGAUUCUGUGAGAUAUUUGCAAAUAUUGAACAGUUGGUGUGUCACGUGAGAGAAGUCAACAGUGUUUUUAUUUUAUUGGAUCGAUUAAAAAAACUAUCAACAGCUGAAAUUUGUUUCCCAGCACAAACCUAUCCGGAUUCAAGUUCGGCCGUAUUCAAAGAACAAGAAGACAAAUAUAAUUAUUUUUUUCAUAUCGAAAGCAUAAGUCGAAUCAUAGCAAAAGUAUCCAUAUGGAUCGGUGAAAGAGCGAAAUAA